GCCCGAAAAAUGUGUAUUUCCAACACAGUUCCCAGGUGACGCUGAUGAUGCUGGUCAGGGAUCACAAUUUGAGAACCACUGAUCUUAGAGAAAAUUUUUCCAGGUAACAAUGGUAACCAUAAUUUGUCAGCAAUGAAGGUCAAUCAUUAGUCAAAAUGAAUGAUUUCAUGAAUCCCCUGAGUUUGGAUUAAGGAAAUUACUAUCAUUCUGGAAAAUGCUUAUUUGGAGUGAAUCUUGUGCUGCUUUUUUCCUCCUUCUGGGCAAACCCAGUAGCCCCAUGAAAAGAGGAAACCAAACAGGAGUUGGGAAUUUUCUCCUCCAGGGUUUCUCAGAGGAACUGGACAUGCAGUCUUUCUUCUUUGGGCUGUUCCUGUCCAUAUUCUUGGUCACCUUCACUGGGAACCUGCUCAUCUUCCUAGCCAUCUGCUCAGACUCCCACCUCCACACACCCAUGUACUUCUUCCUCUCCAACUUGUCCUUUGCUGACAUCUGUUUCACCUCCACCACCAUCCCCAAGAUGCUGCUGAACAUCCAGACUCUGGACAAAACCAUAACAUAUGAAGGAUUCCUCAGCCAGAUUUUUUUUUUCAUUGUAUUUGCAUGCCUGGACAAUUUACUCCUGACCGUAAUGGCCUAUGACCGCUUUGUGGCCAUCUGUCACCCCCUGCACUACUCGGUCAUCAUGAACCCCAGGCUCUGUGGGCUGUUGGCCCUGGGGUCCUGGUGCAUCAGUGUCAUGGGCUCCCUGCUCGAGACCUUGAUGACCCUUUGGGGGCUGUGCUUCUGCAAAAACAUGGAAAUCCCACACUUUUUCUGUGAUCUUCCUGAAGUCCUGAAGCUUUCCUGUUCUGACACCCUCAUCAAUAACACAGUGAAUUAUUUUGUGAAUAUUGUCCUAGGUCUUUUUCCUCUCUCUGGAAUCCUCUUUUCAUAUUCUCAGAUUUUCUCCUCCAUCCUGAAAAUUUCAUCAACCAGGGGAAAGUACAAAGCCUUUUCCACCUGUGGGUCUCAUCUCUCAGUGGUCUCCUUGUUCUACGGCACAGGCCUUGGGGUCUACCUCAGUUCUGCAGUGACUUCAUCUUCCAGGACAAGUCUGGUGGCCUCAGUGAUGUACACUAUUGUCACCCCCAUGCUGAACCCCUUCAUCUACAGCUUGAGGAACAGGGACAUGAUGGGGGCCCUAGCUGCACUCCUCAGGAAGGAGGUGCCUCUCAGCAUCAGGACCAUUAUAGGACUCUCCUGAGUACCUGGGCACACAAUACUGAAGACCACAAAUCUUAGUUUCCUUCAUGCAAUAUUUUUUAUUUUUCCUAAUUUUACAUGUUUUCAAGCAAGAUUCCUUGGUUUUUCCCUGCCCUCUAUUUUUCUUCAGGUUCCCUUGUGCAUUCUUUUUUUCAUUCUGUAACUAGUCAUUUUAACUUGAUCUGAAUAGAACCUGCUAUUCUCUCAGUAACCUUCAGUGAUGGUUUGGAUUUCUUGAAAAAUAAAUCAAAUCUCAUGUGUUUAAUAGACAUAUUCAAGGUGAUAGGAUGUGUGCCUAAUUGGGAAACGUCGCCUUGCAAACUCAUUUAGAUGUUCUGAGGUUAUGUGAAUGGAAUCAAGUCAAAGAUUUGUGUCCAAAACUAUGAGAAAAUAAAU